AAGUUGCAACUCAUUUUUUCCCAACAAAAGAAAACUGACUGUGGUCUGAUUGUCCGUGGAGAAGAGGAAGGAAGAAGGAGGAAGCUAAGCAGAGCAGUAGAAUCCGCCUCUCUUUACUCUCAAUUUCAUCCGAUUCUGCUUUCUCAUUUUCUGAAACCCACUUCUGAUCCGUUCCUCUUAACUCCUAAUUCGAAGCAUUACGCGAUUUGUUCCCCAACGAAUGAAAUUUCAUCGCAAUUCAACUCUCCCUUGCAUGUUGGUGGUGCUGGGUUAGCGUUCAAAGCAAGUCACGUGGUUUUUUCACUUCUUUUGAACCACAAAAAGGAGAAGACAUAAAUGGCUUCGAUCGAUGUUAUCAAAUCUUGCAUCGACUCCAUUAGACAGAUAUCAGAACAUAUUGAAGGUAGUACUGUUUAUUUAGAUGCUGGAGUUACAGAGAGUUUCCAAUUUAUUGGGGCAUAUCCUGUACUUCUUGAACUUGGGGCACAAGCUGUCUGCAGUUUGGAAAACGUGAGUGCCCGUGAUGUGGUGGGUGGUUUUAACUCACAUUCCGAUCCUGCGAGCAAACUUGUGGUUAUCACAUCGCGUCUACUAAGUGACGCACAUCGGUAUAUUUUGCGUUGCUUGACAACACAUCAAGUCAUUCGUCAUUGCAUUAUAUUCACAUCUAUCUCUGAGAUCGCUCAUUCUGUAUUUCCUGAUUCACCUCUGGGACCAGAUGCAUAUCAUGAAUAUGAAUCCUUACUGGUUCAAGAUUAUGAAGAACUAAGUAAGAAAUCUGGGAAAAAACCUGGGCAGAUUGGUAGCCUCUUGCAGGAAAAACUUAACUUUGAAGAUGGAAGCCGCUUGCAAUUUCCUUCCAGUGGAGAGGAUGUUCCCUGUCUUGAAGCUAGUUCAAGUGGAAGAGAUUUUUAUGAACGCAAUCCAUUAGACUAUAUUGCAGAUGCAGUGCAGAAGUUGGUUAUUUCUGUUCACCAUUUUCCUAUGAUUUUAUGUCCCAUUUCACCUAGAGUAUUUGUUCUUCCUUCAGAAGGGUUGGUGGCUGAGUCGUACUUAUCAGCUGAACAUGAAGAUUCCAUUAGUCCUGGUUUGCCUCCCUUGAGUACUGGCUUGCUCUCUGAUACUGAUGAUGUGCCUCCUGGGGCAACUCUCACGGCACACUUUCUCUACCAUUUGGCAGCCAAGAUGGACUUGAAAAUGGAAAUUUUCUCCCUAGGUGAUAUGUCAAAAACUGUUGGAAAAAUUAUGACAGACAUGUCAAGUCUUUAUGAUAUAGGCCGCCGUAAACGGUCCGCAGGUCUUUUACUCAUUGAUCGCACACUCGAUCUUCUCACUCCUUGUUGUCAUGGGGACUCGCUUAUGGACCGUAUAUUUUCUGCUUUGCCCCGUAGAGAUAGAACAACUUCCCAUGUCCUAGGGAAAGGUUCAGGAAGCCAACUCAAACUUGGUUCUUCUUACCUUCAACGUGCUCCUUUAGAUGUUCAGAUACCACUUGCAAAGAUCCUUGAUGAAGAAAAUUGGAAAAUAGACAAUUUUCGGCUUUUAGAAACUGUUGAAGCUUUUUUGUGUGGGUGGAACUCUGAUAAUUCUGAUUCUCAGAUUGCAGACUUGAUUAAUCUUAGUCAGAAAAUUAAUGACAAGCCUAGUCACUCUGGUGUAGAUAUACUCACCGGGUCUUUUGUUUCCUCUGAUAAUUUUCGUGGCAUGCCAUUCUUGGAAGCUAUACUAGAUAGAAGAACAAAAGAUGGAGCCUUGCUGGUAAAGAAAUGGCUACAAGAAACUUUGCGCAGGGAAAAUGUUACUGUGAAUGUGAAAUCUCGUCCUGCUGUUGUUACAACACCUGAGUUGCAUGCUAUGAUCAAAGCAUUGUCCACGAACCAAUCAUCUUUGCUAAGGAAUAAAGGAAUUAUCCAAUUAGCAUCAGCCACAUUAUCAGCCCUUGAGGAAUCAAAUUGCACUAAAUGGGAUGCAUUUAGCAGCGCAGUGAAAAUUCUGAGUGUAAGCUCUGGAGAAACCAGUCAAAGUCUUGCUGCUCAAAUUGGCGAUCUCAUAAAUAAGAGUGCUCUUUUGGGAUCACACGUAAAUAAAGGGAAAAGGGAGAUGUCUAAGGGUUUGCUGUCUAUGCAAGAUGCUUUGCUGUUGAUGAUCAUUGGAUAUAUUUUGGCAGGUGAGAAUUUUCCAACGUCUGGUUCUGAGGGGCCAUUUUCUUGGCAAGAGGAGCGUCUGUUAAAAGAAGCGGUUGUAGAUGCACUUCUUGAAAACUCAUCGGUAGUAAAUCUAAAGUUUCUAGAUGGACUAAAGAAAGAUCUCGAAGCUAAUAUAAGCAAGUUAAAAUCAGAGGAAGCUACUGAAGUGCUGGAGAUUGAUGAUUUUGACGAUGAUCAGUGGGGCAAAUGGGGGGAUGAAGAUGGUGAAGAUGACGAUAAAAAUGAACAAGUAUACGGUGACGUGCAACUAAAGUUGGAGUUGCGUGAUAGGGUGGAUACUUUUUUCAAAUUUCUUCACAAGUUAUCUAAUCUGAAAAGAAAGAAUCUACCAUUGAGGGAUGGUUCUUUGACCGUGGAAGGAAACUUUGAUGAGGAUACCUAUGUGGGAAAGGGAUUACUUUAUAAGCUACUAACGAGGGUGCUGAGCAAAUAUGACGUGCCCACGCUAGAAUAUCACUCUUCCACUGUGGGGCGCCUGUUUAAGAGUGGGUUUGGAAGAUUUGGCCUUGGCCAGGCCAAACCAAGUCUCGCCGAUCAAAAUGUCAUUUUGGUGUUUGUCAUUGGAGGCAUUAAUGGACUUGAGGUGCGUGAAGCUCUUGAGGCAUUGGCUGAAAGCGGAAGACCUGAUAUAGAGUUGCUUGUUGGUGGAACAACUCUUCUUACUCCGGAUGACAUGCUCGAUUUAAUGCUAGGGGACUCGAGUUACUUUUAGUUCUGUCAUCAACCAUUAAAUUAGGAGUUCAAAAUUAAAAUGAAUUUGGCUUUCCUUAAUUCUGAUGUUGUAAUUUUUAACUGUUAUAUAGGCGCCAUAAAAAACAAAACUGUUAAAUAGGUAAUUUAAUUUUUUUUCUUUACAAAAGGAAAAUAGAGAGAAAAUAAUAAAUUUAUUUUUACAGGUAAAAUUGGUUUUCCGAAAAUAUAAGUAAUGGACAUUGGAUAUUGCAGAAGGGCCAGCAUAUGGUGUCUGAUACAGUUCUAAUACCAGUACACAUUGGAUUUGGGUGUGGGCAUCGUGAGCCCUUGCUUUUUGUUCUCUCAUUACAUAGAAAUGAUUUGGACAUGGUUGAUACGUGUUUUAAUUGAAGAUAAGGCUUAAUGGAAAAUUGAGUAUUAACGUACUGGUCA